CCCGCGGGGCGGCGAGCCCCCAGCGCAGAGCGGCGGCGGCGGGGCGCGCUCGGUGCCCGCUCCGCCGGGCCAUGGCGAGCGGCGGCGGCGCCGCGCCCGGGGGCUCGGGCUCGGGCUCGGGGUCGGGCACGGCGCUGCCCACCCGCUUCCAGGAGACCGAAAAGCUGCUGGCGCCGACCGAAGGCCGGGAGGAAAAGGGCCUCCGCGGCUCCAAAUCCUUCACGGCCGCGCUGCCCGGCGAGGCGGAGCGCAACGGGCACGGGCUCGCCUACAAGUCGGUGUCGGUCGGGCACCUGGAGGCGGCCCCGCUCUCGCCGUCCCGGCUCAGCCUGGGCAGAGCCUCCUCCACGGCCACCAGCACGGCGGCGCCGGAGCAGGGCCGCCCGCGGGACUACCUGGUGCUCGCCAUCUUCUCCUGCUUCUGCCCCGUCUGGCCCAUCAACGUCGUGGCCCUCGUCUUCUCCAUCAUGUCGAGGAACAGCGGGCAGCAAGGGGACAUGGACGGAGCCCGGCGACUCGGACGCAUGGCCAGGCUGCUCAGCAUCGUCUCCAUCGUCCUGGGGACCAUCAUCAUCGUGCUCUACAUUUCACUCAGCUUCAGAGUUUCCUAGAAGACAUCUCAGCAUGCAAAUACCUCGAAGAGGAGGAAGACAACUUUCCUUUUGGGGUUUUUACUUUCAGCCUUGCAACAAAAAAUUGUCACAGUGUAGGUGGGCAGCCCUAGACAGCCUGCUCUGGAGCGCCGUCGGAAGGAACGCAUGCUUCUACUUCACCGCCUCUUGGAAAUGAGUUUGUACAAGUGAUGGGAUAAAAAAAGAUCGCAAGAAGGAAUGGGAAUGAACAUCGGACACCAAGCGGAGAGGAGAAAGGGGAAAUCCACUACCUCAUUCCCCUCCAGCAGAACUCACGGAGUGGGGAGACCACUAAAGUACAAGCGGAGGAGAGAGUUUCAAGAACGAAGCUUAUUUUAAAAGAAAAAUUUAAGGCGAGAACAGGACAUUUCGAAGAAUCCUCCUAAGAAUUUUGGCACAAGUCACUGAAUUUUUGGGGGGUUGUUGGUUUUUAAAUCGUCAAAUUCUCUGUCUCUACAAAAAAACAAAAAACAAAAAACAAAACAACAAAACAACAAAGCUCAAACUGCCGUCAGGAGCUGAGAGCUGUUCCACGGAGGAGAAGGAGAGCAGAGCUGCAGCGGGACCACGGCUCUGCUCCGAACGAAACGCAGCCGCAAAAGCUGGAGGAUGUGGUGGGUUCUUUUGUAUUUUUGAUGAAAAAAAAAAAAAAAAAAGAGACAAUGACCAUUUGCAUGCCUUUGGGAAUGUUCUCCAUGUCUGUUCCUACGAGCUCUUUUAUCACUUAGGGCAGAUUCAGAGCUGGCAGAGCGGGAUGUUGCUGCAUGAGAACGCCAGGCUCCUCCUCGCCCGCAUCCCAUGGUGGGGUUUUUAAUGGAAGGAAAAAUAACGCUUUCUCUGUGAAACCACCCAUUUCUCUCUCUGCGCACCCAAAGGGAGGUUAACACUCGUGGCGCUGAGAAAAGAGCCUGGUUAAUCCGUAGCAGCAGUUCCAAGGCACGGAGAGCCCGUCCUACCCACUCACGCGUGUAUGUCACGUCACGUCCAUCACACAAAAGCUUCAGCAUGAUCCAGCCCCCGCCGCUGUCAGUCCUCCUCUCCCCGACCCUUUUGGGCAUCAGCUUAGGGCUUUCCAGGAGAUUUCCAGAGGCACUGAAGAGUUUAAGAUCCCGGCUCCUGUCCCUGCACCCCUCACCUGCUCUUCUGCAUCUCUGGAAAUCUCCAGCAUCCCCGGGGCUGGCUGGGGUCAGUUCCACCGGCAGUAUUAUUUUGUAAGGUUUUAUAUUUAACAUAACAAGAAAAUAGACUUUGCUCCUCCCGAUCUGCGUAUACGUACACCGCGCCUCGCCACGUCUUCCACAAUACGCGGCUCCUCGUCCGUUCCCCCGCAGGAUCCGAUCCCAACGCGCUCCCUCCAACCCCAUCGCUUCUUCUUCCCCCUCACCCUGUCCUUGCCGCGGGUUGUUACUGGGGUUGGUCCUCUCUCCGGCCACACCAGACUAUGCAAAGUUUCAUCGCCUGUUAUUUUAUUCAGGCUUCGUAGAUGGCUUCUGGCCAUAUCCAUUGGCUCCGUAUUAGCUGAGCCUCCCUCUUUUAUCAAAACUUUGCAGGCACAAGUGCGUGGCCAAGAGCUGCAUUCCCCGGCCUUUCUGUUGUCUCCAGCUGGCAGCCUGGCACCUAGAAAUACGGACCGCGCUGAGAAAUAGGGUGUUUCAGGGCACUUCUGCUCCCCACCAUCAAUAUCCUGGGGAAAAAAAAAAAAACAAACAAACCCAAACCUUAGACCAAAUCUAAUGCUUCCGAGGGUUUGUCUACGCGCAGAAUCUAUCGGGCACCGUAAAAAGCUUCACAAGGUGGUCACUGCUCGGCACUAACUUCUUCUUUGGGGCAUGUGUGCGCACGUGGGGUUGGCACAGGGCAGGGGCCCACUGGAAAUCCACGCGGUAGCGGAUUUACUCACGGGCAAAGCUGUGAAAAUUCUCUCGUCACCUGGUUGAUCGCUCCCCUUUAAAAGGGUUCGCUUUUGCUAGGUGUUACUUGAAUCCAGGGGGUAAGAAAGCCAAAUCCCCUGGACACGCCGUUAACG